GCAAUCUUGAACCUCCUCCUUGAACAGCAUGGUGCGCGCUGGUUUGAAAGCUGCAGAGGAGCUACUGCAGAUCUCCGAAAGUCCCCGGGAAUAGCACCGCUAGUGAAAGCAUUCAUCAUGGGGGACAUGAAAACCCCAGACUUUGAUGACCUGUUGGCUGCUUUUGACAUCCCUGAUCCGACUAGCCUUGAUGCCAAGGAGACCAUCCCGUCAACGGGGGAGGAGAAUGAGAAUCACCUGAAGUCAUCAGGCAUCUGCAUAGAUGAGAAUGCGUCCUUAUCCCACUCUUUGCCGCCCUCUGAUGCUCCUGUUGUGAGUGUGAUAGUGAAGAACACGAGUCGCCAGGAGUCAUUUGAAGCAGAAAAGGAGGGGAAUCACCUUGGGACUGGUCUGCUACACAACGGGUUUCGUGGGUCCGAUUUGCCAUCAGAGGCUCACGCUUUAGUGCAUAGUUAUGGCAAAUUUGAGUCAACUUUUAUUAAUGGUGACAGCUCAAGAAGUUACUCUGAUAAACUGGAGCAGUCCAAGUCAGAGCCUUUGCCAACGUUUAGUCAGUUUAGCCCGAUUUCCAGCCCCGAACCAGAGGACGCGUUCAAAGAGAACAGUAUUGGUGAUAAACCCAAACAUGCCCAAACUCCUUAUUUUCCACCGCCUUCAAUGUAUAUACCGACAGGCGCUUCGGUACUAGAUCAUCUUAGGAAGGUACCAGAGCCUGAGUUAAGCAUGUUUGAUCAGUACUGCAAAAAGGAUCAAAAGAUGGAAACGCACUGCCAGCUGGAGAAUAGGCUGGAAAUGAGUAGGCGAGAACAAGACAAAGCAGCAGAGAGGUUUGUGGAGUCAAGCAAGGACUUGGUAGAUACCAGUAGCUUUCUUGGAGAAGGCUUGGUGUUUGGAGACCUCCCUCACAAUAAUUUAGGAGAAAGUAAGGGGUCUGUGCCCGAGCUGAACCUGUCUUCGUCGGUACCGCCUCGCCAGAGGUUAAAGCCGACUCAUUCAAAGUUGUCGUCCUGCGUUGCAGCGUUAGUAGCUCUUCAGGCCAAAAAGGUUGCAAGUAUUCCAAAAGGUGAUCAGCCAAAUCUUACCAAGGAACCUGGUCCUUUUAAGGAUGGGAUGAAGGGAAGUCCAAAAAUGCCCAAGUCGCCAAAGAGUCCCCGAAGCCCCUUAGAGGUGGUAAGGAAGGCCAGCAAGCAGCCUGAGAGUCCUCGAAGUGUGUGCAGUGACAGCAGUGGGAAAGGCUCUCCUUCCAUGGCAGCUGGCUCUCCACCAGCUAUUCCCAAAGUUAGAAUAAAGACUAUCAAGACAUCCUCUGGUGAAAUUAAAAGAACUGUAACUAGAAUUUUGCCAGAAAACGAUGAGUUGGGCAAAUGUUCAGAAGAGUCACCUAUGGAAACCUCAUCUGCUGAAGAGUUUAUCAAAUCUUUCCCAUCCCCUGACACUAGUGCAGUUAUGGAAAGUGAGGCUAGCAAGAAUUCAACCAAAAACGGGGCUGCUGUCGCUAUCCAGCUGUCAAACGUAACAAGCCCUUACGCAGAAGCUAUGAAAACAGAUAUUGCUGCCAACAGCACGUGUGCUGUGUCCUUAUCUCCACUGCCAAACUGCGGUGGCGGUGCUGUGAAAGUAGGCGUUAAGAGGCAGCAGCAGGGUAUCGUGAUGCAGCCAUCCAACGUGACCACCUCCAGCCUUCUUCCCAAAGCUGUGCACCUGGCAAAUCUCAACUUGGUCCCCCAUAGCGUUGCUGCUUCUGUUACAGCAAAGUCCUCUGCGCAGAGGCGAAGUCAGCCUCAGGUGACACAGAUGUCUGUGCCGCUGGUGCACCAAGUCAAGAAAGCUGCUCCUGUCAUCGUGGAGGCAUUUAACAAAGUACUACACAGUGCCAAUCCGGUGCCAAUAUAUACUCCAAACCUUAGCCCUCCACCUGACACCAGUAUUAAUUUACCUGCCUCUGGGUAUUGUUGCCUGGAAUGUGGGGACUCGUUUGCCUUAGAGAAAAGCCUGACUCAACACUAUAGUAGACGAAGUGUUCAUAUUGAAGUCAUGUGCACUCAGUGUUCAACUAUGCUACUUUUUUUUAAUAAGUGUAGCUUGCUUAAACACGCAAGAGAUCAUAAGAGCAAAGGAUUUAUCAUGCAGUGUUCUCAGCUGCUGAUGAAACCAAUUUCCUUAGACCAAAUGUUUUCACCUUCUCCUACAAGCUCUUCAGCCUCUCUGGCUCCUCAGACUUUGCACUCGCCCUCUCCUUCGCGUAAGCCCAGUGCCACUUCAGGAGGUGUGGUAGGAAUUUCUGCUAACACUCAGCCAGCCUUGCCUCUCUAUACGGACCCGUUGAGACUAAUCCGUCAUGGACUUAAGUGUUUAGAGUGUAACAAGCAGGCACAGGAUUACGUUGCUUUAGCAGCUCAUUACCAGAGAACCUCAGAAGAUAAUGAGAGACUGCAAAAAGAGGGUAGUAAGGAGACUGUAGAGAUCCUUGAGCAUCAGACAAAGGUGUUGGAGAUCAAAGAUCCUUUGGAUGAGGCGUGCAAGAGUGCUGUAGGGGAGGACCAGUGGAACAUUACCUGA